AUGGCAUCCUCACCCGAGCCCACGCUCCCCCCUGCGUCUGCCUCUAUCUCGCCCAGCAAGAAACGUCCUGCACCUUCUUUGCUCCCACCAUUCGAGCCCCUCUCGUCUUCGCCUGGCUUUCCAAGACCUAUGAAGAGACUAGCCCGGGAUAAGCUCGUCGACUCGAACCCGUUCUUCAAAUAUCCCACGCCAAUUCCAACCUCCAGUACCGGUAUACUCUCGUCAUCACCCCCACGCGUAUCAUCCUCUAGACCUGGACUCGAGCGUGCGGAAUCUGUAUCAGAACGAACACCACUAUCUGCUGUACGAUCUAUCGAACUUAACGAGAAUGGGGAUACGCUUCUGAUGGGCCGAUCGAGUAAUUCUUCUCACUACCAACUGUCGGCCAAUCGUCUCAUAUCCCGUAUCCAUGUCAAGGCACGAUAUGUCCCGGCUGUAGACCCCUUAGAGCCAAACAGAGUGGAGAUCAUUUGCAAUGGCUGGAAUGGAAUAAAACUUCAUUGUCAGGGGCGAACUUGGGAGUUGGGAAAAGGGGAUACCUUUACCUCUGAAACUGAAAAUGCUGAGAUCAUGUUGGAUGUACAGGAUGCGAGGGUUAUGUUGCAUUGGCCUAAGAAGAAUCGGCAUGAACCCGUCGCAGCCUUAUCAGACUCAUCUUGGGAGGAGUCGCCAUGCUCUAGACAUCGUCGUAAUGACUCCAGUUCGGACUUCCUGCAGUCGAGUCCCCUUCGACGACAGACGCGUAUCAGAUCCCCUGAAUCGCCUUCUCCACAUAAUUCUUCUAGCAACUUAGACACGCUGCUGCUAGCUGAGGAUACAAGCGAGCCUGUCCAGAUAUAUGAGGAUGCGAGUUCAGACGAGCAAGAGCUCCCUAAGCAGGCAUCCGAUGUGGAUGUGUCGUUUGCCCAGACAGAAGUUACCAACAGUUUCUCUAGUGAUCUUAGUGAUCCCGAUGACGAUGACCCUGAUGAGGAGAACGAUCCUAUUGUACACUCCUUUGGUCCGUUUGGAGCUAACCUCUCCAAUCGUCUGGCUGCCUUCACGGCAGAAUCACCAAAACAGUCGUCCCAUGUUUUGUCAGGUGAUACAACAGCUAAGCCGUCAUCGGAGCCGGAAGAGAAAGCUACCGUUAGCAGUCGUGUUAAUGUAGGAGUUGUCAAAAAUCACGUCGUCAAUCAGUUGGCCUACUCUCGAUUAUCAUCCACCCCCUUGUCUACUAUACUAAGUCUCCUUCCUGCCGAAGAGAAAAGAGACCUGACCAAGGCUGCACUGCGUGAAAUCAUGGAGUCAACGCCUUGCAUUGGCGUUAUUCCCCGCCAGGGAAAGGACGCAGCCGGCCAGCCGCUCGAGAGCCAAUAUUACUACGACCCCGACCAUGAUGAUGACGAUUCGCGACGGAUUGCCGUGACGCAAGGCUUGCGAAAACCAGGUUUGAGAGGUUGCCGGAAGCAGCACAAGCAAUACUAUUGGAAGCCGCCCAAGGCUUCCUAG